CCUUAUCCCAAUCCAUUCCCAAUCCAUGGAGUAGACGAGGAGAGGCACCAGACUUGCUCUCUACAUGGAAAAAAAUCCCCAAUCCCCAACUUGCUGUCUACAGAAAAAAGAUCCCCAAUCCAUUCGUCGGUGAUUUAGAGCAGCGAUGGAGGGAGCAAACGGCGAAGAUGUGCCGAGGAGGACAUGUCGGAGGGCAUCGGGGAUCGGCGUCGUCGAGCAUCGCCCAUGAUUGGGCGUCGGAUGGAGCGGCCGGCGUCGAGGUCAGCCCACAGUGGAGCAGCGGAAGGUGAGGACGCCCUGCUCUGCCACUGCAGCUCGGGACUCAGGCAGGCGGGGAAAGGAGAGGAGGACCUGUCGCGGCGAUGCAAAUAGCUGCGCAUGCAGGCGGCCAAAGGCGACGAUUGAGCAAGCGAGCGAUGGCGUCCUCGGCCUUGGGGAGCAGCAACAGCAGCGACGGCGUCGGCGAGCAGCAGGUGCAGUGUCCUCGUCCUCCACGAGCAACAGGCAGCCGGAGCGGCGGCGGCGUCAUGUCCUUUGCAAUCAGCGGACAGUGGCGUCGGCAAGCAGCGUAGCAGGUGCGGCGGCCUCGACCUUGACGAGCAGUUGGAGCAGCUCUGUGCGGGAGGUGGAGAUGGAGAUGGUGGGUGGAUCGGAGGGGGGAGCCGCUCCUGUCGGCCACCAGCUCCACCCCGUCCUCCUCUCCUCAUUGCGGCGGCGACGGCCUCCUCCUCCAUCCCCUCUUCCGGUGUUGGGCGCAGGAGUAGGCGGCAGUUGGAGCGGGCGCUGCGGCGAUGGACGCGACGGCGACGAGCACGGUCGCGGGUGGCGGUGAGGACUGCGCUCCUCCAUCCCCGAUUUCCUCUUUGUGAUGAAUGUUUUAAGAGAUUUUUUUUUCUUUUGCAAUUUUUUCCUUUUGUUGGCCCCGGUGAUUUGUGAUGAUUUUGCUUCAUUGUUGUUGUAUUUGUGAUUUUGUGAUUCAUGUUUCUCUCUUUUCCGUGCAUAGUUCUUGGCUUAGAUGAAUCGGAUUCUUGAUUUUGAUUUCGAUUCGAUUUUGAUUUUGUUCUCUGUUCGGGCGGAGGGCAUCACCCGUGGAUGAACGCGUAAAAAGAUACGGAUGAAAACAGAUUGACGAACGAAAAUAAAAUAGGUGACGAUUGGAAAAAUACCAAUCUUUUAAUUAGUUAAGAUAAGAUAUAGAAUAGAUUCACGGACGGACGACGGACGCCCCCAUCGACCAUCGUCUCCUCGCCGCAGGCUUCACAGGUACAACCAUUUCAGCCAGAAGAGCACACAUGGAUGGGAUCUGUCUAGUAAACAAAAAAAGGAGACUGACGCUCAGGCCAUGUGUUGAAGUAGAUCACAGCAGCAAGCGGGUAAGAUCGCGAUGUGCUAAGUUUGAGUCUCUCCCAGAGGACAUAGUGUCAAGGAUUAUUUCACAACUAACAUUGAAGGAAGCUGUUGUAAUGAGCUCGACAUCGACCAAGUUGAGAAGAGCUUGGAUUUACCAUCCUAAUCUUUACUUGGACACUUCAAUAGUGUUUGGCAGUUCUGAUCGCCAGAAGCGAGUGCCGAGCACUGAGACGUUUAUUGACACAGUCAAUUUUAUCUUGAGGACGCACAGUGGUUUAGGAGUGAACAAACUUGCUGUUAUGUUUGAGUUGAGGAAGGAGCAUGCACAUGACAUUGAUGGAUGGGUUUCCUUUGCUGUUACAUCCAAGGCAAGGGUUGUCACCCUCAACUUUUCUCCAUAUCAUGGAUCGCAUGAUCGCAGUUACAACUUCCCAUGUCAUCUUUUCAACGGCAAAAGUGGAUCUCACCUUCAAGUUCUUCAACUUGAUACCGUUACUUUGGGUCCAAGUCCUCCUGGCUUUUGUGGCUUUGCUAACCUUACAAUGCUUACUUUGGAGAAUGUGCUUGUAUUGGGCGAUUUGCAGUUCUUACUGAAAUGCCCUGCCCUUGAAUGGUUGACUAUCCGAAUGUGCUCCCAGUUACAUAAUUUGUAUGCUCCUGAACCAUUGCCGCGGUUGACAUUUUUGUGUGUACAAGAUUGUGCAAUUGACAAGAUUGAUGUUCAUGCCCCUAAUCUCACCACAUUUAAGUAUAGAGGUCGUUUUAAAGUUAUUAUUGCCCUUCGGGAAUGCUUGAAGCUUAAGACUGCAAGCAUUGUAUCCCCCAUUGAGGACAACCUUUACUAUAUUUUCACUGAGCUUCCAAAUGGGUUACCUCAUGUUGAGAGACUACACGUGAAUGUUUUUGUCAAGACUCAGAUACCUGGAUUUACUCAGGCCCCUUACAAAUUUAUCAAUUUAAGGCAUCUGACCAUGAGGAUAACCUAUGAAAUUGCUAAACGCUUUGGUAGAAAUGCAGUUCUGCAACUAGCAUAUUUUUCGGAAGCUGCUCCGUUUUUGGUGGACCUUCAUUUGGAUAUGCUGUGUUUAGAUUUUUACGAGUCCCGUCCUGCAAGAGACGUGAUUAUGAAUCGCCCUCACUACAGUCUCAAGAGAGCUUGCAUAACCGGAUUCAAUGGCAAUGGAGGGCAAGUUGCACUAGUAAAAUUUAUCCUCAAGAAUGCAGUAAAAUUGGAGGAAAUGGUUAUAGAUCCAAAAGGUAGAAUAACGAACCAAAUGAUGGGAGAGCACAAAGGCCGUAGAAUGAUUAAGGAAAAACUUGUUCCAAAAUACAAGAAUGGCCUACUUGUAAUUCUAUAACUUCUCAAGUUAUGCAUUCUGUUUUUCUCAAUGAAUUUAAGUUAUGUCUGGGCAGUGAUAUAUUUACUUGCCCUUUAACCCUUUUUUUUUUUCUGAAGCAACGAUAAUAAAUAUUUUAUGCGAUGGAGCAUUUGCUAAGUUAGAGUACUAGUAGAGUAGUGCAAAUGUACUAGUAUUGUGAUUGUGUUUUUCUUUUUGCAAUACUGAAGGGAAGGGUCAUCUUGGUCUGAAA